AUGAAUAUACCAACUUCAUUAAAUGAUUCUAAAAAACCAUCAAGAUCUUUCUAUGAACAAGAAGAUGAUUUAAAUUUAUCCCCUAUAGUGGAAGCACCAAAAGAAUCAACAAUCAAAUCCACUAAACAAUCUGAACCUGAAUCUACAAAUGAAUUAAAAUCAACAUUUAUAGAUGGUUAUAAAAUUAAUACAUCAAAUUUUUUGGAAAAACAUUUCAAUUCAAUUAGAAAAUCAAUUAUAACUCAAUUUGAUAUUGCCAAUGCUGAAUUAAAUAAUAUUACCGCGGCAUCAAGAAAUGAAAUUAAUAAUUUAUAUUCAAAUUUAGUCUCUGUUUAUGAUCCAAAGGAUGAAUUCAUUCCAGGUUUUAUUUAUACUCUUACAUCAACAUUAACCGGUUCCAUUUUGGUUCAUAACAGAGGUUUAACUUUAAGAUUCUUAUCACCUUUACUAUUGGCUUCUUUAGGUUUUAAAUUUUUCUUACCAGGGACUUUUAAUAAUACUUUAAAUGUUGUUAAGAAUUGGGAAGCUGAAUUUCAUCCAGAUUUAUUACAAUCUCAAAGAAAUUUAAAGAAAUUUUUAAUUGAUUCUGAAAAUCAAUUGGAAGAUUUUGGUAAGAAUGCUAAUCAAUCUUUAAUUUCUACAAUUCAUGAUAUUAGAACAAGUUUAACAAAAUAA